AUGGGGGGCAAGGAACAAGACGAUGUGCAAGCGCAUGUGUCUGGGCAAGCAAACAAGCCCAUGACUGCCCCUGCCCACGCCUUGGAGAUCGAAGAGGUUGUUCGUCAGCUCCAAGCCAGCGUGGAGGCCGGUCUUAGCACCAACGAAGCCGAGAGACGCCUUGGAGAAUACGGUCGUAACGAAUUCGGGGAGCAGGACGGCGUUCAGCCUCUCAAGAUCUUCGUCGGGCAAAUCGCCAAUGCUUUGACACUUGUACUGAUCCUGGCCAUGGCUGCGUCAUUUGGCAUCAAAUCCUGGAUCGAAGGUGGCGUCAUUGCCGCUGUCAUUAUUCUCAACAUCGUUGUGGGAUUCCUCCAAGAAUUCAAGGCCGCCAAGACUAUGGACUCUCUCCGAUCACUCAGCUCUCCAACUGCUCAGGCUAUUCGAGAUGGAAACAACCUGAUCGUUGUAACAGCCGAAAUCGUUCCCGGCGACAUGGUUGAACUGAAGACGGGCGACACUAUCCCUGCCGACAUCCGUCUCAUUGAGGCAGUCAACUUCGAGACGAAUGAAGCAUUGCUCACUGGGGAAUCACUCCCUGUUCGCAAAGAACCCGUUCCAACCUACGCUGUCGAUACGGGACCAGGCGAUCGCCUGAACGUUGCCUACAGUUCAUCAACCGUCACCAAGGGACGAGCACGUGGUGUUGUAUUUGCCACAGGCCUAUACACGGAAAUAGGUCAGAUUGCUGCUGCUCUUCGUGGCAAGAGUUCCCGUCGACGUGAGCCUAAGCGUCGGGAGGACGGCACCACCAGUCUUGGUCGCUGGGUGCAGGCUUGGUCUCUCACAUUAUCCGAUGCUAUUGGCCGCUUCCUCGGCGUGAAUGUUGGAACUCCCCUUCAGAGGAAGCUCUCGAAGCUCGCCUUGCUCUUGCUAGGCGCUGCAAUCAUCUGCGCCAUUAUUGUUCUCGGUGCCAACAAAUUCAACACCAAGCAAGAGGUUGUUAUCUAUGCCGUCGCGACUGGCUUGUCCAUGAUCCCUGCAUCACUUGUUGUUGUUCUUACUAUCACAAUGGCCGCCGGUACGAAGCGUAUGGUCCAGCGUCAUGUCAUUGUUCGCAACUUGAAGAGUCUUGAGGCCCUUGGCGCAGUUUCUAAUAUCUGCUCCGACAAGACUGGCACCCUUACUCAGGGUAAAAUGAUUGUCAAGAAAGCGUGGAUCCCUGGCCGAGGGACAUACUCCGUCGGCGCUACCAGCGAGCCCUUUAAUCCGACAGUCGGCCAGCUCGGUCUCAAACCCGCACAACCCAAGGAUAUCAACUUUCGUGGCAAUGACACUGACGGUGAGACUAUUGACGGCGCGGAAGCUGUCGCCAAAGAUGCUACGCUCAGAGAGUAUCUUAACAUUGCCUCGCUUGCCAAUCUCGCCACUGUUAACAAGGUAAAUGACGAAUGGCAUGGCCGUGGUGACCCUACAGAGAUUGCCAUUCAAGUCUUCGCCUCACGAUUCAAUUGGAACCGCCUUCGCCUUUCCACAGGCGAGAAAGCCCCAUGGCUCCAAGUUGCCGAGUUUCCUUUUGACUCCGAUGUGAAGAAGAUGAGUGUAAUUUUUGAGAACAAGGCAACCAAGAAGCAGUGGCUCUUCACCAAGGGGGCCGUUGAACGUCUUCUGACCUCCUGUCCGAGAUGUGCAGUAGGUGACGAGAUUCAAAAUCUCACCGAGAAUAUCAAGAAUGAUGUGAUCAGGAACAUGGAAGCCAUGGCCCGCCUCGGCCUCCGUGUCUUGGCCCUAGCGAGUCGAACUGACAUACGCCAUGUCAGAGAAAACGAGGCUGAGUUGGAGCGCGGCGAGUUUGAGCAAAAUCUGACUUUCCGUGGUCUCAUAGGUCUCUAUGACCCUCCCCGCCCAGAGUCAGCCCCUUCGGUACAGAAGUGCCAUGAAGCUGGUAUCAGUGUCCACAUGCUGACUGGUGACCACCCCGAGACGGCCCGUGCUAUUGCCCUAGAAGUUGGCAUUCUGCCAGUCAAGAUGAACCAGAUUGCUAACGACGUCGCCAAAACCAUGGUCAUGGCAGCGUCUGAUUUGGACAGACUAACUGACCAGGAAAUAGACGAGUUACCGCUUCUUCCCCUCGUUGUGGCACGAUGUGCCCCUCAGACCAAAGUUCGCAUGAUCGAGGCUCUUCAAAGUCGAAAGUGCUUCGUUGCCAUGACUGGCGAUGGCGUCAAUGACUCGCCGAGCUUAAAACGUGCAGAUGUUGGUAUUGCAAUGGGUCAAGCAGGCUCUGAUGUUGCCAAGGAGGCAUCUGAUAUCGUGCUUACUGAUGACAACUUUGCUUCCAUCCUCAAUGCUGUUGAAGAAGGCCGACGCAUGUUUGAUAAUAUUCAAAAAUUUAUUCUUCAUGUCCUGGCGGAAAACGUUGCCCAAGCAUGCACUCUGUUGAUUGGUCUCGCCUUCAAGGACCGGCGUGACCUUUCUGUGUUCCCUCUAGCCCCAGUGGAGAUUCUCUGGAUCAUCAUGAUCACCUCUGGCAUGCCUGACAUGGGUCUUGGAUUCGAGAUUGCUGCUCCUGAUAUCAUGCAGCGACCACCACAAAAUCUGAAGCAAGGCGUCUUUACACCCGAACUAUUGAUCGAUAUGGUCGUCUACGGUCUCUGGAUGUCUGCCCUCUGCCUCGCCUCCUUCGUCAUUGUCCUCUACGGGUUUGGUAACGGCGCUGCUGACCUCGGAGACAACUGCAACAAUGAAUACUCGGACGAUUGCAAGGUUGUCUUCCGUGCCCGCGCCACCACCUUCGCCUGCCUUACCUGGUUUGCCCUGUUCCUUGCCUGGGAAAUGGUGAACAUGCGACGAUCUUUCUUCCGCAUGCAGCCGAAGAGCAAGCGCUACUUUACGCAAUGGAUCCUUGAUGUCUGGCGCAACAAGUUUCUGUUCUGGGCCAUUGUCGCAGGCUUUGCCUCUACGUUCCCUGUUAUCUAUAUUCCUGGUCUUAAUACGGUCGUCUUCAAGCACGCUGGUAUAAGCUGGGAGUGGAGCAUUGUCUUUGUCGAGGCUUUUCUCUUCUUCUUGGGAAUCGAAGCCUGGAAGUGGGCUAAGAGAGUCUAUUACCGCCGCCAAGCGAGAAAGAUGACGGACGUGAUGGCUGAUUUAGAGACUCGCACCUUCGGUCACUACUUCACAGGCGGUCACUCUAGUGGCGAAGACGAAGACGAGUCUAACUUUGACAGCGAAGCGAACAACGAAACCAGGGGUCGUCACGCCGGCGCCAGUGGGGAAAAGGGGGUUUUCUGA